AUGGUUGACUACGAACGCCGUCAUCAUGGGCCUAAGGGUGGCCGCAAAAGGCGCUAUAGAGAAGACGAUGACUAUGACCGACGCCAGAAGCGCAGAUACGAAGAACCUUUGGUUGCGAAGGUCCGAAGACAGCUAUUAACCAUUGCCGAAUCUGCCGCCAGAAGAGCCGAAGACGAUGCUGUGAAUAUUGCAAAAAGCGUCGCCGACAAUUAUGAAGACGAGGAGCUGAGACAGACUUUCAUUGAUAUCUCAGUUGACCUAGCCCUAGAGCAACCGCUGAAAAUCCCCUUUAUCGCAGCAACGGUCUUGGCUGCCAAUGCCUACAGAUCGGAGCUUGUGUCCGACAUCCUUACCAAAGCGAGCGAAUACUUACAGCACUACAUUAACAACGGCGCGUGGCGUGAAGUAAAGCUUCUUCUCCGGUUCCUUGGAUGCCUGCAGAUAUUAUAUGAGGGAAAUGGUAUCUUUGCAAUCCUGGAAGAGCUCUUUGAGCGUGCCGUUGUUCUGCAGACAGCCUCUUCUGAAGAUUUACUAGGACUGGAACUUGUGAAAAUAAUUCUCUUCACUAUUCCAUACAUAAUGGCUUCUCCGAUAACAGGUUUUGAGGCUCAGGCAAAUGCCCUUCUCGAAAAGACCGACAUCAUUGCAUCGACCCCGCAUGCGUUGGUUGAUUUGGUUAAGCCGUUUAGCCCGGAAUAUGACACUUCAUUUACUGCACAAAGCGUUAUUAGCCUGCUUCAAAGUCAACUCCAGCAGGAAGCCAGCCGGAAUUGGGAACUCGCAUGUCUUCCUCGACCGUGGAAAGGUGGACGCGAUAAUGAAGAAGAGCAGAAACCCCUGGAAUCCGGCGCAAAGCAUGCAUUCCCUGAAAUAACUGUGCCCGACCCUGUACGAAAUGGAUCCAGGGCGAUUUUCCCUGAAGUUUACAUGUCCGUAUAUUCCAACCAAGAGGUAGAAACCGUCCCUCCAACGUCGGAUAUUGCGUCAUCUCUGCUGCGUGACGCUCUUGUUGACACGAUCAACAUCCUCGACUUCAACCGUAUUGCCACGGCCAAGUAUCUCAUCGACAUUGACUGUUACUUUACACCGCAUACUUUCGUGAAGCGUGCAACCCCCUUUGACAGAUUGCGCGAUAUCUCCGGAGAACGUCCGACGUGGAAGCCCGAAGACGUGGCCGUGGAUGCAGUUUUCUCACAGUUGUUCCAACUUCCUUCCCCGCAGCACAAGCUUGUGUACUAUCACUCAGUUCUCACAGAGUGCUGUAAGAUUGCCCCGGCUGCCAUCGCUCCGAGCUUAGGGCGUGCGAUUCGCUUUCUCUAUCGCAGCUUGGAAACGAUUGAUCUAGAUCUAAGCCACCGGUUCUUAGAUUGGUUUGCUCACCAUCUAAGCAAUUUUGGGUUCACAUGGAAAUGGAGUGAAUGGACCGAUGACCUUGAGCUUUGCUCAGUUCACCCAAGGAUGGCCUUUAUAAUCGGCGCGCUGGACAAAGAGAUCAGGUUAAGCUUUGCCCAGCGUAUUAGAGGAACGCUUCCAGACCCUUACCAAGAGUUGAUUACAGAAGGCAAGGAGAAGGAUACUCCUGACUUCAAAUACUCAUUGGAUAGUAAGUUCAUGCGCUCCAAUCCUGUCGUGGACCUCUUAGAAUUUGUGGACUUAUCAUCAUCCUCAAUAGCCACACCUUAUGCCAACGAAGGCACAGAAAUCAUGCAGCUCAUCCGUAAGAAAGCAGCAGAUGACGAUAUCCAGCCAAUAAUCAGUUCUAUUGAAGAGCAAGCUAGGGCGAUGGGAGUUGAGGACCCUAUGCUACCCUCAACAGAUGCGUUCGUCACGGCGAUUUGCUUCGUUGGGUCAAAAUCACUUUCUCACGUACUGUCUUGUAUCGAGCGAAACAAAGAACGACUUUUAGCCAUUGGCCCCAAGUCUACUCGUGCACGUCGCCAGAUUAUAACCUCUGUUAUGGAAUAUUGGAACGAUCAGCCAGGAAUCGGCAUCAAUAUCAUCGACAAGUUACUGAAUUACACUAUCCUGACGCCGCUAUCCGUCAUUGAAUGGGCACUGGUAGACAAGUUGGAGGCGGGGACGAUUUUGGCAAGAACACAUGUUUUUGAGAUGAUAUCAUCCACUGUGGGAAAAGUCACCAACCGUCUGCGCCAAAUCGUCGCUGCACGGACUCAGCCGGGUCUGUAUGAGCCGCAGUUGAGUGUUCUAGAUGAAACCUUAAACCGUGAGAUGGCAGAUAUGCAGGCGCUCUUCAAAGUUAUUGAAGAUUCGAUUGUGUCAGUCGCCGGAGGGAACAACGAUGAAUUGAUGGAAAGGGGUGAUGGAAGUGGUGAGCUGCCAGAGGACGAAAUCAUCAGACUAUGGGGUUGUCGAUGGCUGAGAGCGUUCAGGCGAAAAGCCGGUGUCGAGGAAUCAUUUAUCGCUGAAGCCAUGACAACUGCAACUCCUAUUGGGACAAUGGCUCCUCCGCCCCAGGAAGGAACUACGGCUAUGGAUGGUCCAGCAGAUGGAGAUCUGGACGUCGCGGAUGCAGAUGGGGCUGCAGAUGUCUUAUGA